AGAAAUGAAAACGAAAGAAGGUUUUCCUCAGGAGGCUUUUUACUCUGAUGAUCGGACAGUGUAUCAGAGGCAGUAACGAGGUAAUAAUAACUUCAUACUCUGAAGACUGACCAGUGUAUCAGAGACAGUGACCAGGUAAUAAUAACUUCAUACUCUGAUACUGACCAGUGUAUCAGAGACAGUGACCAUGUAAUAAUAACUUCAUACUCUGAAGACUGCCAGUGUAUCAGAGGCGUUAACUAUGUAAUAAUAACUUCAUACUCUGAUACUGACCAGAGUAUCAGAGGCGUUAACCAGGUAAUAAUAACUUCAUACUCUGAAGACUGACCAGUGUAUCAGAGGCAGUGACUAGGGUAUAAUAACUUCAUACUCUGAAGACUGACCAGUGUAUCAGAGGCGGUGACCAGAAAAUAGCAGAGGUGGACAUUUCCUUCUUAAUGCUGAUUUCAAAUUCCCCAUAUAAUGACACCGUGGAGGAAGUAAGCGAAACAAACCCGAUAUAUAACGUGACCGCCUGGCUCUGACUGCAUGUUACGUAUUCAGGCGUGUGUGACCGUAACCAGUUGGACCAUCCUGAGCGUCAGACAUUGUUUGUUAUCUAGCUAUGGAAACAGAAUUAACUACAACAAGAAAGAAUGAUGAACUGCAGCUAUGUUACGACCUUAAGAAGGAUUCAGCGGGACACUUGACAGAAUUACAAAGGAUUGUAAGUAAGCUUACAGAAAUUCCCAAAAGCCAAAUCAAAGCAAAACGUGAUCUGCGUAACGUUUUGUGUGGAGCGUGCAGAGGUAAACCGUAUGAAGUACUUAAUUUGCCAUUACCUUCAUUUUCGAACAUUGGAUGUCAAACAGUGGAUCGAUUCUCAGAGCUAGAAUUAUCCAAUAGCAAUGAAGAGUUUCUUAACCAAAUGGUUCAUAUUUUGAUUGAAAAUGAGAGAUUGGGAUGUACAAAAUCUAGAAAUGAGGGUUACGAUGAUCAAAACAGAAGAACCAGACAGAAUACAUCAGUGCAACCACUACCAAGGAAAGGACUUGGCGUCAACAAAGGAUCCCAGGAGCAAGGUUCUUCUCGAACUGAAACGGAAAGGGCCCUCUCUGUGCAGAUUGCUAAACUUACAUCAGAAAAAGAGGAACUGCAAAGCAAUCUUAAAACGCAACAAAUAACAAUGGUAAAACUACAAACAACGAUUGACAAUAACCACGAGAAGCAAGAAACUGCUCAGAUCGAACUGAAAAGGGCCUUCUCUGAGAAGAUUGGAAGACUAACAUCAGAAAAAGAGGAACUGAAAAACACUCUAAAAACGCAGCAAGAAACCAUUCAAAACUUGCAAACGACGCUUGAGGAGCAAGGUUCUUCUCGAACUGAAACGGAAAGGGCCCUCUCUGUGCAGAUUGCUAAACUUACAUCAGAAAAAGAGGAACUGCAAAGCAAUCUUAAAACGCAACAAAUAACAAUGGUAAAACUACAAACAACGAUUGAAAUGAAAGCGGAAGAGACAGAUCUCGUUGAAAAUAGCAGAGACGUAUAUCAUCCCCAGAAUAGGAGAGUGUCGUUCGAUUCCUCACCUAAAACGGUGUAUGCUUCUUCUGACAGAGACAUUGCACAGGAACAAGCACUAGGUACGGACACAUGUUCAAUUGGCCAAGCUAACCAAGAUAAAGAGACUUCUACUAUGGAAAGGAACGUAGAAAGUGAGCAAAUUGAAAAAUCGGAAAUGGAAUUCGAGAAGAUUACACAAGAUAUGGAUAAUCCUGACUCUGAGCUGAGCUCUUUGCAAUCUCAGGAAAGCACACAUUCCUCCGAAAUGAAAAGCUUCACAUUAAAUUCUAGUAAAACCGAGGAAAGACAACAAACUUUACAAGAUGAAAACAACGUAUAUGAAUCAGAAAUUAUGACUUUUAAACUAGAGAAUGCUGAAUUCCGCCAGUCCUUGAAGGAAAAUAGUGAAAAGCUGACACAAGCAAUUGAUGAACUAGAGCGAAUAAAGACAGAGAACACAAGUUUGAAAGCGGAUUGCAAUACACGCGAUGAUGAUCUGAGAUCCAUGAAAACUGAGAAAGGCAAAACUGACAAACACAUAGAGAGCUUGAAAUACGAGAAGCAAAAGCUACAAUGUGUUGUGGAUGAUCUCAAUACAAAAAUGAAACAUACGGAAUCAGAACUGAAAAAGACACGAUCAGACAACAAAACGCUGAUAAACAGCGAAGAAGCACGUGAUGAUGAGGUGGAGUCUUUGAAAACUGAAAAAGACAAACUUGACUCACACAUGGAGCGUGUGAAGCAAGAGAAACAAAACCUCCAAAAUAAACUAGAUAAUCUUAAUGCACAGAUGACGCAAAUGGAAUCAGAAUUGAAAACGACAAAGGCAGAAAACGAAAAACUGGCAGACAGUCAAACGGCACGUGAUGACGAGCUGAAGUCUUUGAAAACUGAAAAAAGCAAGCUUGACUCACACAUGGAGCGUGUGAAGCAAGAGAAACAAAACCUCCAAAAUAAACUAGAUAAUGUUGAUGCACAGAUGACGCAAAUGGAAUCAGUACUGAAAAAGACAAAGACAGAAAAUAAAAAACUGAUAGACAGUCAAAAAGCACGUGAUGAUGAGGUGAAGUCUUUGAAAACUGAAAAAGACAAACUUGACUCACACAUGGAGCGUGUGAAGCAAGAGAAACAAAACCUCCAAAAUAAACUAGAUAAUGUUGAUGCACAGAUGACGCAAAUGGAAUCAGAAUUGAAAAAGACAAAGACAGAAAACGAAAAACUGGCAGACAGUCAAACGGCACGUGAUGACGAGCUGAAGUCUUUGAAAACUGAAAAAAGCAAGCUUGACUCACACAUGGAGCGUGUGAAGCAAGAGAAACAAAACCUCCAAAAUAAACUAGAUAAUGUUGAUGCACAGAUGACGCAAAUGGAAUCAGUACUGAAAAAGACAAAGACAGAAAAUAAAAAACUGAUAGACAGUCAAAAAGCACGUGAUGAUGAGGUAAAGUCUUUGAAAACUGAAAAAGACAAACUUGACUCACACAUGGAGCGUGUGAAACAAGAGAAACAAAACCUCCAAAAUAAACUAGAUAAUCUUGAUGCACAGAUGACGCAAAUGGAAUCAGUACUGAAAAAGACAAAGACAGAAAAUAAAAAAAUGAUAGACAGUCAAAAUGAACAGAGAGAAGAAAGUGAAAAUUUACGUCAUCAAAUCAAAGAAUUGAGUCUUCCGAAGAAAAAACGUGUUGUGCUUGGACUACGUAGUGAAAAAAGUGGACUGGGAAAAACUCUGGUUGAUAUGGUAACAAAAGAGCUGACGAGGCGCCUUCAACAGAGACUGGAUAUGUUCAGCUUAAACCUGACGAUUUCGUUUUCCCAAACGCCAUCUGAGGUCACCAACGGCCUCCAGGUCGUUCUCUGUCUGAAUAUGUCCAGAGUUGGUACCAAUAUCGCGGACACUCUGAAGGGGAUAAAAGCUGACAGAGACAUGUUUGUAAUGGUACUGCAUCACACCAGCAAGGAGAACCUCUCCUCUCUAACUCCCACAAGUCACCGCGUGACCGGAAGUGAACUACGACAGCUGGGUGGGAUCCUCGAUAUGGUGUUCGACAGUAGCAGUGGAUUGUACGAAUGUGAUCUAAACAACACAGCUGUCGAUAAAAUCGCUUCUAUUCUAAGAAAAUGUUUGAUAUUAUGAAUAUUGGAAACUCAACAGUAUAUGAUAAAAACAAAUAUUGGUAUGAAACAUGUACGUAGAACAUCCGGUUGUCGAGAGUAUUGACGUGUAGAUGAUAAGAGCAAUGGUGCAUGUAUGAACAUUGAUGUAUGAGUUGUGUGUUCUAUGUCCACUGAACGUAAUGUUAAGUCUACAGGGACACACAUAAAAAUGUCUGUAGGAUCAGUACAAUGUAAACAAUCUUUAAGAUGGCUGAGGUGCCAUGAAAAUUCCAUUAAUGCGUCAAUAGGUCAAUCUACGCGGCAGUAAUGGACACAUAUGUUGUAACAUCUAUUGAAGUUUCAGCUGCUGAAUAAUAUAGGCUAAGAAAGGGUACAGCACAUAGCAACUGAUCAAUAGAUCUUGACUGGAAAUCUCGAAAGAAGGAAAGAUUCAUAAAAAACUUACUUUAGUGUUUAGAAUAAAUAAUUAGUCACCCUUUUGUGACAGUAUUUCUUAUCCACUAGCUUUUACAUCAUGUGUCUCAAAAUAGUUCAUAACUAUAUUAGUUGCGUCACCGUUUGCCUUUCUUGAAAAAGAAGGCUAGAAUAUUUAAAGAAUGAACGCGUUCUUUCAAUUUGGUAUGACAUACAAUGUAUGAUAGUGCACGGAAUUAUUGUGUUAUUCAGAAAGCUUGCAGUAUAGAAACAUAAUUUGCCAGUACUUCGUCUUUAAAGAAAUUGGGAAAUGAAAUGAGGAUUGUUUGCAAGCUGGAAUUAUAACAAUAAUAGCAAUCCUCUAGGAUCAUGCUUUGUCUACCUGUUAACAUAAUAUGUACCAGCGGUAAACUAGCUUCUGUCUAUAACAUUAAUUACACCACUGGAGUAAAGGCAAGCUUCAUUGGCGUACUUUAUCACUUUAUAUUGGUAACCCUUCUUAGUUAAAAUGGCUUUUGUCUCGUUAAGUAGAGUUCUUGCGAAAAGUUUCAGGAAAAACACCAUGAUUUAAUGAGCUAAAAUUGUAUAAUGUGUCGCAUUUUCACUUACUGAAACUGUAAUAAAAAAAAACCAUGAAAAUCACUACCAGUUCUAUUCAUUUACAAAUAAGCAAAACUUUAAAACGAUGAAUUUAAGACAUUAAGGAUACAAGUUUUAAAAUGUGACGAUGGCAACUAUGUGGAAUACCCGAUAAAUCCACAUGUUUAAUGGCCUUUUUUAACUUUUAAAACAUGUUUUUUAUGUUUGCUUCAAAAGUUGUUAAAAAGUAGUGUGUCGUAAAGUUUAAACACACCUUUACAAUGUUGUUUCAAACAAGGCCUAAAACCCUGUCCAUCUACCGGGAAAACCUGGGGACUAUCAUAAAUCAAACAAGGUCUAAAACCCUGUCCAUCUACCGGGAAAACCUGGGAACUAACAUAAAUC